AAGCUUCCUUGACUUGCAACUUGAACAGGCCGCUUCCCAGCACAUCGGGUGGAGUGCUAUCACAUCAUGGCUACUGAACUGGAGCGCAAAGGCAAUGCCUUGUUUGUUGACGAGGAUUAUGAUGCAGCCUUGGAGUGCUACACCCAGGGAGUGGAGAUGGAUCCCGGCAAUGCCAGCCUUUACGCUAGCCGGGCGGCGGCGCAUCUGAAGUUGGAAAAUUUUCUCGAUGCUAUCGUGGAUGCAAACAAAGCCAUCGAGAUCGACCCUAGCAUAAGCAAGGCAUACCUGAGAAAAGGGAUGGCAUGCUUCUCACUUGAGGAGUUCCAGACCGCCAAGGCAACAUUUGAGCAGGGGCUCAAGCUGGACCCCAAAAACUCCCAGUACAAGACAUGGAUCCGCAAGUGCGACGUGGAGCUAGCAGAUGAAAAUGAGCCCUCAGAACCAGCACCCGCUGUCACCAGUUCCGUUCCGACUCCUACCACCUCAAGCCAACCAGCGAAAGAGUCUCCGUCUGUCAGUCCCAAAACGGAAGUAAAGGACGAGGAGACAGCAGAGGCGCCUGAGCCAAGCCCUCCACAAGUCUCGCAGCCGCCGCUACCGCCGCCCAAGUACAGACAUGAGUUCUAUCAAACAGCCACCCAAGUAACAGUGACUGUGUUCGCGAAGAAGAUCAAAGCAGAGGAGCUGAAAGUGGAGAUCGGGGUACAAACGCUGAGCGUCAAGAUCGACACGGGAGACGGGGAUCCCUAUUCUCUGCAGCUGCGGCUAUACGGAAAGGUGGUUCCAGAAAAGAGCCGACACAUCCUUAUGGGGACCAAAAUCGAGAUCAAGCUUGAGAAAGCGGAGUCAAUCCAAUGGACGGGCCUCGACUACGCCGCCAGGAAGCUAGACCAGCCCGUCAACGUGUCCAACGAAACGGCGGCGGUGUCAGCGCGCGUGUUCCCUUCUUCUCGGAAGCGCCCGGAGCCGAUGGACUGGGACAAGCUAGAGGCGAGCAUCAAGGCCGAAGAGAAGGACGAGAAGCUGGAGGGCGACGCGGGGCUGAACAAGCUGUUUCAGCAGAUCUACGCCAACGCAGACGAGGACAUGCGGCGCGCGAUGAACAAGUCGUAUGUCGAGUCAGGAGGGACGACCCUGUCUACGGAUUGGAAAGACGUGGGCAGCAAGUUCAUCGCGCCCCAUGGAUCCAGCAAGGACAAGUAAGCCCAUUACUGGUGGGUCGUGCUGCUCGAAACAAGUACAGCGGUUGGCGGUCUAUCUUUUGAGAGAGCUGAGACAACGAAAGGUCGGUGUGUUCGAUCAGAGAUCUUAGGCAACAGGUUGGGUUGUACGUGGCAACUCGCUUGAGAGAAGCAGACACGUCCCUACCAUUCUAGAAGUAGUAAAAGCUUUGGAUAGUCUGGUUGACAUGCUGCCCUUGGUGGUAAAUUGUUGCUUGUGACUGCUCUACAAGCGCACCAAAACUGGGCCGGUUCCGAGUCCGCCAGGUGGCACAUAAACUGCUAGAUGAAGGAGAACGAAGCAGUCGGAUUGAAAGAGGAUUCUAUAGAUUGUCAACAUGCAUAUGCUGAGUCUGGUCGUGCCA